AACAAAAGCCAGAUUUCAAAGAUGAAAAUAAAGAGGUCUCAGGUUACACAUUUGUACCAGCAUUUAUUGCUCACAACAAUAUGUGAGGAACUCCUUUAGAAGUCUCAGCGGGUGCAUAGCUGGAGUGUGAGAGCAGGGUGUGCGCUAUAUCUGGACACAGACGGCAAAAGCUCUUCAGUAAGAGCUCACAAAAGCUUCUCUGCAGCUUUCUUCAAUAUCUAACAUAGAUCUUCCAGCAAAAAUGACAACUAGAAAAAGUGUCAUUCCUUUGAGCACAAUUAGUCCAAAAUUUCUUCAUGCUAAUUCCACAAGUCACACCUGGCCCUUCAGUGCUAUAGCUGAGCUAAUCGAUAAUUCGUAUGACCCAGAUGUUCGUGCUAAACAGAUCUGGAUAGACUGGACACGCAUCAGAGGACUAGACUGCCUCUCUUUCAUGGACAAUGGGGAGGGAUUGACCAGAGCCAGACUACAUAAGAUGCUCAGCUUUGGUUUCAGUGAGAAGAAAGCAGCGAAAUUUCACAUUCCAGUUGGUGUGUAUGGCAAUGGGUUUAAAUCAGGGUCCAUGCGUCUGGGAAAAGAUGCCAUUGUUUUCACCAAGACCAGAGACACUAUGAGUGUGGGACUCCUGUCCCAGUCUUACCUCGAGGCCAUAGGAGCACAGCGAGUUUUGGUGCCCAUGAUCACAUUCAGACGCGAUGGACAUAACCAUGUAGAGGAUGGAGGCAGUCUGAGAGCGAUCCUCUCACACUCGCUCUUCAACUCAGAGAAAGAGCUGUUUGCAGAGCUCCGCGCCAUCAGCGCGGCCGGACCCACAGGAACACGGAUCAUCAUCUGGAACCUUCGCAUGACCUCAAAUGGAGAGACUGAAUUUGACUUUGACACAGAUAAAUAUGACAUUCUGGUCAGGGCGAACACCAGUGACAAGAGCAACAUGACCCCUGAAAGUGAAUACUCCUUACGGGCAUACUGUAGCAUCUUAUACCUGAAGCCUCGUAUGCAAAUCAUUAUUCGAGGACAAAGAGUGAAAAGUCAGCUGAUAUCCAAAAGUCUGGCUCUUAUUGCACAGGACAACUACAGACCCUCAUUCCUCAACAAACGUGUACGCAUCACUUUUGGAUACAACACCAAAAGCAAAGAGCAUUAUGGGAUUAUGAUGUACCAUAAGAACAGGCUAAUAAAGCCAUAUGUGAAAGUGGGCUGCCAAUGUAAGGCUGAAAGAAAAGGUGUAUGUGUUAUUGGUGUUAUAGAGUGCAAUUUCCUUCAGCCCACUCACAACAAACAAGACUUUGAUGACACCGAUAAAUACAGGAAGAUCAUGCACAACCUCAGCAUAAAGCUGGAGGAGUAUUGGAACGAAAUCCGCUACAAACGAAAGAAAGAGGACCCGAAGUGCACAGUAGCAAUAGAGGAUGUGUUGAAAGUUCCAGAUCAAGUCUGGGUUCAGUGUGACAGCUGCCUGAAGUGGAGGAGGCUUCCAGAUGCCAUCACUGAGCUGCCAGAUAAAUGGUUCUGCAGCAUGAACUAUGACCCACAGUUCAGGAGCUGCUUGGUGGAGGAAGAACUAGAGGAUGAGGAGGCAGAUCAAAAGUCAUACCCUAAACCCUUUAAACGCAAGCGGAGAAAUACAAAGAGUCUGCUCGAGGAGAACAUUCCAGAAAUCACACAAACUCAAGACGGACCAGCGUUAACAACCAUUCAGGCACCCAUACAUUCAGCAGCGUCUGUAAUAUCUGGACCGUCUUUAGCUGAGAGGUCUCCAUUGCCCCUUAUUAACCUGACCACUGUCUCCAACUCUCUAAGAAGAGUAAAACAAAAGUUUUCUGCCAUAGAAACGCAGAUGGAGGUGACGCCAUCCUUUCCUGUCCCCUCUCUCACCCCGCCACAAGAACUCUCCUUUCAGACACACUGGCCUACUUUGAAUGAGGAGAGAAAGACUCUCACUCAAUCCGACACACUCGCGAGCAAAGCUGCGUGCGGUAUGAUGGAAGGAAUUGAGUCGCAUCAGGGGCUCGCAGCUGCAGAAGAGACAUGUGAAAGAGAUGCAUCAUCUGGGACAGGGAGGGAAUACUGCUCAGCUGCGGCGCGGAUAAUUGAAUUGCCCCUGAAAAAUGAGAAGAAAUGGGUGGUGCAUCAUGAAGGUCAUGAUGAUGAUGAAGAGGAGGAGGAAGAAGAGGAAUGUAACUUGGCAGAGGCGCAACAGUGGCAGGAUGAGCUAAUGGAGCUGAUGCACGAGACAGCGGAGGAGAGAGAUGCGUGCCGCCAGGAACUGGAGGAGCUUCGAGAGCACAGCGCCGCCCUGGAGGACGAAAGGAACCAGCUCAUCUGCAGGCUGGAGAGUGCAGAAGAGGAGAAGAGCAAGCUUUCUGCCCUGUGUGAUCAGCUGAGGAGUCAACUGGCAGAGCUCAGGGAACGGAGCCAGAGAGGAAAGGAAGAGAAAGACAACAGCUGCAAACUGAGGACGCUGCGUCUGAACCUGAGCCGUCUGCUGGUGUCUUUCAUUCCCUCUCUUCAUCUUGAGCAUGUGGACUACAGCAGUGAUGUCCUAGAUACCAUCCUCAUCCAGAAGCUGUGAUUGCAUGCCUAGAAAAUAGCACAACCAAGACGACAACCAAGUGAACCAACUUGCUCCAAUAAAGACUUAAUAUGCUAACAUUCAGGUACUAAAUGUGAAUUUAUCAUAGAUUUAAUGAAGUUCUUUACCACUAUGACCUCCUCUAUAUAUGCUUCCUUGUUCCUUAAACACAAAUCUGUUAUCCUUCUCUUAUUUUUGACCUCAACGCAUUUCCAUCUACAACUUAAACUGUCACUCUUACAACUAAUCAAAUCUCCUUUAAAAGACAUCGUUCAAUAAAUACAAAAUAAAUGUUCACUCUGAACUCAGCAGAGACCUAUCGACUUACCUCCAUUUGCACUGAAAAUUAAACCUAUAAAUGUGACUUAAUCAAUAAAAGGCCUAUUUUAUUUUUA